GGCGGAGCUGGGUGCGGCCGACAGGAGGCGCUGUUAGUGGACAGCUUCAGUUUGAAGGCAUCAGACCCGCAGGGCGAUGUCACCUGUCCGCGCUGUCACCUCCUGCCGCAGCAGAAACACCUGGACGAACAUCUGAGCUCCAUCCUCGCCGUCAGCUUUCAGAGCAGCUGAGUUCUCUUCAGGAGCAGCAUGGCGACACAACAGUCCAUCCUGAGGGAGUUCUGCCCACUCUACUACCUGCUGAACGCCAUCCCAGCAAAGGUGCAGCGAGGGUUCAGAUCCGUCCUCGUCUACCUGACAGCUCUGGACAGCAGCUCUGACUUCCUGGCGGUGGGCAGCAGCAUCGGGAUGCUCUACCUGUACUGUCGUCGCCUCGCACACAUGAACAAGUACAGCCUGGAGGGGAAGUGUGACGCCAUCACGGCGGUGAAGCUGCUCAGCUGCUUUGAUGAUCUGGUUGCCGUGGGAACAGCUUCAGGUCGGGUCGCGGUCUUCCAGCUGGUGUCUCCGCUUCCUGGUCGUAACAAACAGCUAAGGCGUUUCGACGUGGUCGGCCUCCAUAAAGGCUCCGUCACCUCGCUGGCCUGGAGCACCAACGGGAUGAAGCUUUUCUCCGGAGAUGAUAAAGGACGGGUGGUGUUCUCUGCUCUGGACCUGGACCAAGGAGUGUGUAAACCUGUGCUGCUGCUGGAGGAGUCCUCAGGUGUGGUCCAGAUAGAGUACAGUCACCAGGUGCUGCUGGUCUCAACACAACAGAGGUCUCUGCUUUACUGCACUCAGACACAGGAGGUUCUGCAGCUGGGAACCAAGCCCCGCAAGAGCAGCGGCAGGUUUGGCGCCUGCUUCCUUCCUGCUCUCUGUAAACAGAGCGACCUUCAGGUGUUUGCUGCUCGACCUGGACUCAGACUGUGGAGGUCUGACAUCAGAGGACAGGUGGAGGACACCCGGCUGCUCAAGCCACUCUUCAACACACAGAUACCUCAGUUUGAGUUGUUUCCUCGUCCGGCUCCGAUCGGAGCGUAUCGUCCAGCAGAACGACAGCUCGGCCUGCUCAGCUGUUUCCUCAGAGAGGGCUGGAUCCUCAGCUGGAACGAGUACAGCAUCUACGUCCUGGACUGCCUCAACGAGGUGAUCAUUGGAGCGUUGGAGAGCAGUGGAGACAUCGUGUCGGUGUCGUGUUGUGAAAAUGAGAUCUUCGUCCUGAAAGGAGACAGAGACAUCAUCCGUCUGUCCAACAGCCCAGAAGGACUGGCGUCCAACUUGUCAGAGCUCUCAGUCCGUCUGACCUCACCUCUGACCACGCCCACCAUCCUCCAGCCAACCGGAUCGGUGGAAACGGCUCAGCCAAUCAGAACCAUGGCCAUCAUCGUAGAGGGAGGGGGGAGGGAGGAAGGGGGAGGAGGGAGAUUCUGUCAGGAAGGACAAGACGAGGAAGAGGAGGGAGGAGUGGAGGAGGUGGAGGAGGCCGAGGAGCAGGAGGAGCAGCUGGAGGCGAUGGAAGUCUGUCAGAGAUCCGGUUUGGUCACCAGCAGCUCCCGUAGCCGCAGCAGCUCCGUCACUUCCUGGGACAGUCUCCACGGAAACGCCGGGGUGAGCACGUCCUCCGAGCUGAGCUCCAGACGCUACAGCGCCCCCUUGGGUCAGGAGGAGAUGCAGCAGGAGCUGGUGGUGAAGGCCAUCAGGGUGAAGAAGAAGAGGAGGAGACGACAAGACAGCAGCAGUGGAAACCGUCUCUCGGAGAGCAGCUGUUCGGAAUCCAUGUUUGUCGUCCAGGACGGCAGCUGUAGUGAUGGAGGAAGUGGAACUCCUCUGAGCGAUCGAGCGUCCCUCAUCGGUCUGGACCUCCAGAACCAAGACUCCCCAGACCAGAACCAGGACUCACAGGAAGCAGAUGGUGGAGGCCCAGACAAAGCCAUGAAAGACAGAGAGUUCUCCUCCAACCAGGCCGGCUCCGUCCUCCCUCCAGGCUCUCUGCUCCUCCAGGGUCUGGAGAACCAGCUGAACCCCAGAAAGGCCUCCGGUACUGGUUCAGAUGCAGACAUCGUCCCCCCGACUCCAGAUGUGGACCUGCUGCUGGAGUGCACUUUCUCCUACAUGCACAACUCCGAGGAGGACGAUGGACUGGAGCAGCAGCCAAUGGAGGAGCAGGAGGACGAGUUUCUGAGCCCUCUGAUUGGACCAGAGGAGGAUGAGGAGGAGGAAGAUGAUGACCUGGCUCCCCCUGCUGGUCUGGCAGACCAGAUGUUUUACUCCACCAUGUCCACUCUGGACAGGAAGCCCAGUGUGUCCAGUGAUGAAGAGGGAGAUAUCUACCGUCACUCUCUGCCCCCUGGUGGCAAGGCAGGGGACGUCCACACCUGUCCGUCCAAUCAGACGGAGAAGACAACCGACAGACAGACAAACCAGGACAGUCAGGACAGAGAGAGACACAAACCAGACCAGUUGGCUGAAAGUUGGAUGGGAUACUCAGGACCUGGAUGUGGAAUACUGAGCCUGCAGGUGACAGACAGGUAUGUGUGGUGUCUGGAUUUUAAAGGAGGACUGUUCUGCAGUGUUCUGCCUGAAACUGGACUCAACUGGCAGCGCUUUGAAGAUAAUGUCCACCAGGUGGCAUUAUCACCUUCAGGUAACCUGCUGUGGAAGGUGGAACAGAAGACCAUGACGGCAUUCGCUUGUGCUAAAGUUUCGGUUAAAGGUAAACGACACUGGUACAAAGCGGUGGAGCAAACAGCCUUCGUGGCUCUGAGUGACGACUCGGCCUGGAUCAUCCGGACCAACGGAGACCUCUACCUGCAGACAGGUCUGAGCAUGGAGCGUCCCUGCGCUCGCUCGGUGAAGGUGGAGUCUCCCUGCGUGUUCAGCCAGGUGUGUGUCCGGGCAGGUGUGGUCUGGGCUCUGAGCGAACACAAGGCUCUGUUCUACAGGGAAGGACUGGACAGUUACUGCAGCGAGGGAGAGGGCUGGAAGUACGACACCGUCAGUGAGGCUCAGGGCCUGGAGCUGAUGUGCGUUGCCCUGGGAGACGGUGGGACGGCCUGGGCGCUGGACGCCAGCGGCAGCCUCUGGUUCCGGACCGGCAUCUGUUCCUCCAAACCGCAGGGCGACGACGACCACUGGUGGCAGAUCAGUAUUUCGGACUACGUGGUCUUCGAUCAGGGCAGUCUGUUCCAGACGCUGCUGCAGGCCACGCACAGCGUUGCCACGGUAACCAGGGCGCCGGUGGAGCGGGUGGUGGCCUUCCUGUCGCAGUACUCUCAGUGCCAGCCGAGCCUGGUCAGUGCCAAUGCCAGCGGAGUCUGGGUCGCCUCAGGACGGAACCAGCUGCACCUGGCCCGUGGCAGCCUGGUGGGAACUUUCUGGCAGAAUGUUGUUCCAAGAGGAACCGUCUCAGCCACCAGGUGGACCUUCAUCACGUCUUCAGCUGUGCCGCACAAAGAAGGUACGUUCCUGUGGUUGGCUCAGAGCAGGAAGGAUCUGUUCUGUGUCUGGGAUCAGGAUGGAGAGCUCCGCCCCUCUUCUGUCCUUCUACCACCUGAGGUGGAGCUGACUCACCUGUCUGCCUGUCGUGACGCUCUGUGGGGUUUGGACACUCACGGCCGAGUCAGCAUUCGAACGCUGUCCCCGUCCUGUCCCACCGGGCUGCACUGGACCCUCCUGGACCUCAGCCAGCUCGGAGGUGUUCGUCUGGUCAGUGUGAGCUGCGGCAGUCAGAACGUCUGGGCCGUGGACAGUCGAGGAGUCGUUUACUUCAGAGUUGGAACCCAACCACUGAACCCGAGCAUGAUGCUGCCAGCCUGGAUCCACAUAGAACCACCUGUACAGCCAAUAGGAGUGCAGCUGGUCAGCAUUCAGACGAGUCCUAACGAUCGCCUCCUCUGGGCGUUGGACAACAGAGGAAGUGUCUUCGUCAGGACUGGACUCAGCGACGAGAUGCCCGUUGGGACGGACUGGGAGCUGGUACCAGGUCUGGCAGUCAGUCAGCUGGUCCUCAGCUGUCGGACUGUGUGGGUUCGCUGCGUGAACGGGGACUUGGCUCGACGUUAUGGCGUCUCUGAAAGAAACCCGGCAGGCGAUUACUGGAAGAAGAUCCCUGGAAGCGCCAACUGGUUCACUGUUACUCCUGAGGACGAGUUGUGGGCAGUUACUCCUAUUGGUGGAUUGUCCCGCCGACUGACAAAGCUCCUCCCACAGACCCCCAGUAGACCCGCCCCCUCAGGCCCCACCCUCGGAGGAGAUGACGUUGACGACGAAUGGGAGCUCAUCUGACCUGCUUGGUGUUGGUCAGAGUGAUCUCACCUGGCAGAAUGCUGUGAUGUCACGGUGACAACACUUCCUGUUUACAAACUUCUCUCUGGGCAGACAGGAAGUGGGCAGGUGACAUCACUUCCUGUGAUGACUGCCACACAGGGAGGUCAGGUGGCUGCUAGGAAACGAAGUGAACUUGUUUUAUUUUUGUUUUAACGGGAAGCACUUUAAACUCUAAAGGGAGACGGACCACACCCUCGCUUAGACUGGUUCUACUGGACCAGAACCAGAGAGGAACUCAUCAGAUACCACUGGAACCAGUCAGUGGGUACUACUUUCUCACUAAGACUUCUUCUGCUGUUACUGCUCAACCAGAACCAAUAACGAACUAAUCAGAAAACAUUGGAACCAGUCAGGGGUAUUACGUCCUCACUUAGACUGGCUGUGCUGGUGCUAUUGGUCCAGAACCAGUUAGAAACCUGUCAGUAGGUAUUACAUCCUCACGAUGCUAGUUCUGCUGACAAAUCCAGCAGAACCAGCGGGUUUGUAGUAGCUUCUCACUCAAGUCUGGUUCCACUGACCCAGAGUCAGUCAGGAACCAGUAGAACCAGUCAGGAACUAUUCAGAAACCAGUUAGAACUUGCCUGUAUGUACGACAUCCCCACUGAGAUUAGUUUUACUAGUUCUCACUGGGUCUGAAAGGUGGUAGUGGGUUUCUGACAGGUUCUGUUUUUCUUUGCUGGUUCUAACUGGUUUUUGAUUUGUUCUGUUGCCUGUUUGAAAUCAGAUCUUUUAUUUCAGUACAGUGUGGUCUUACUGGUCCUUACUGCAUCUAACUGACUCUAACUCACCAGGUGUGACUGGUUGUAACUGGUUUCUGUGGGUUCUAAAUCUGCUAACACUUAAUCCAGGUAAUUUCAGACUGGUUUAAAAUCAGAUCAUUUAUUCAGUUUAAUGGGGUCUUACUGGUUCUAACUGGUUCUAAAAGCUCAGUUUUUCAUUCUACUUUAGUUCAGUCUGGUUCUGUAUACGAAUUUUAAAGGGACAUUUCAUAGCUCAGUUCAGUCCAGUUAAGUCUGUUUGUACCUGGUUCUAACUGGGUUAGGAACUUGUUAGGGACUAAUCGAUAUGUAAGCACCUGAACUGGUUCCACUUUUACUUCACUCUGGUUCUGUAUGAGGACUUUAAAGGGACAUUACAGGGGAGCAUUAACACUAAAGGUCAGUGUGGUUCUAAGUAUAUAUAACAGGUUCUCCGUCAGCACGGUUCCAUUUUCUGAUUAUGUAUCACAGUUAGCUUCAAGCUAACGGGGGCAUUAAUCUGAAUCAGUCUGUCGGUUCAGUUUCCUCUUCUGAGAAACUGAAACCUGAAAACUUUCUGGGUUCUUAGUACCAACCCGGAUCCUCUGACUGGGUGUUAGUGGGACCAUGCUGGACCGGAUCAAACUGAACCAUCACACUAAGACCGAUAACCAGCUGACUAACAGGUGUCGUGGAAAACGCUACCUGUCUGUUGCCUCGUUACCACGGUAACAGACAGAAGCCCCGCCUACUGGGACUGAGGCAUGGAAAAAUGUAAAAAAAAAAACCAUUAAAUAUACGUUUGCUUGUUGAAGAAACGGGAAAAACACAAAGAUAGUGCAGAAACAGGAUGUAGAACAAAACCUGAAACCUUAUGGACCCUGAUGGACGCUGAUGGAUGCUGAUGAUCCCUGAUGGACCCUGAUGGGUUCUGAUGAACAGUGGUGGACUAUGGGCCUGCAUUAAGGUCCAGGUCUGAACUGAGUUUAUCCCUAACAGGCUAAAAUAGUGACGAAAACACAGACUGGUCCUUAGCGCCUACUCCAUCUCUGGCUGUUUCGCCAUGGAGAACUGGGCAGGUGUGACUCUGUGGUGAUGUCAUCCUGCUGUUAGCUGAUUGGUUGGAUAUUCAGCCAAUUAGAUUCAGUGUAAACUCACCUCUUGUGUUUCAGUCAUUAACUUAAUAAACAUGUUUAAACACUG